AUGCCGAGGGGCCACAAGAAUAAGGGCCACUCCCAUUCUAAACAACGCCGUGGUAAUCAGGCACCUAAGGAGAACAGACAAGGUCUCCAUUGUGCUCAACCUGCUGUUCAGAGAGAAUCAGCAUGUCCUCCUGUUGGCCAAGCUAAUUCCCCAAGCUCUUCUAAUGCCUGUGCUCCUCAGGGAACUGCAUUUCCUGCCUCUCCUGGUGCAGUUAUGUCCUGCACAGGCUCUGAUCUAGGUGCUAGGGGUUGUGAUGUCCGUGCUGUUGGGGGAAGUCCAUGUGCUUUCCAGGCAGAAGCCUUCACUCAGCCGAUAUGCAGAGAUGCUCUUACCAAGAAGGCUAGUAUGUUGGUAGAGUUCCUGCUGGAGAAGUUUAAGAAGAGUGAGCAGUUUACGGAUGCUGAUAUGCUGAAGGUGGUCAGCAAGAAAUACAAAACACACUUUUCUGACAUCCUCAGGAAAUCUUCCUCCCGCAUGGAAAUGAUCUUUGCAAUGCAGUUGAAGAAAAUCAAUCCCAAUAGUCAGUCCUAUGCUAUUGUCAGCAAGCUAGGUCUCUCCACUGCUGAAAUUCUAAGUGGCAAGAGGGGAUUGCCAAAGAUGGGUCUCCUGAUGACCAUCUUGGGUCUGAUAUUCACAAAAGGCAAUCGUGCCACUGAGGAAGAGGUCUGGAAAUUCCUGAGUGUGUUAGGAGUGUAUGCAGGGAGGAAGCACUUGAUCUUUGGGGAGCCCCAAAGGCUCAUAACCAAAGAUCUGGUUGAGCAAAAUUACCUUGAGAUCCACAAGAUGUCUGAGGGUAAAUCCCCUAGAUAUUAUUUCCUGUGGGGUUCCCGGGCCCAUAUAGAAACCAGCAAAAUGAAAGUCCUAGAAGUUUGGGCUAAGAUCAAUGACACCAUUCCUAGCUUCUUCCCAACUCCAUAUCAAGAAGCUCUUAAAGAUCAAAUGGAGAGAGCACGACCAGGAUCUCCAGCCUUGGCUUGCACAGCUGUCAUGGCCAGUGCUCAUCCCAGGUCCAUGUCCUGCAGCUCCACUCACAAAUAG